AUUAUGGCCUCCAGGUUCGAGGGCUCAAGUCCUUGAGCCAGUCUCAUCUUGGGCUGUAUUCUAAAUAGGAUGCACUUUGUUGAAUCCAGAGAUCUGUCCGUCUGUGCCACGCAUGCACUGCUGGAGCGCACCAAUCCAGUCGCACCGCCCUCCUGUCCGCCUGCUGCCGGGAGGAGCAGAGGAGGGAGCACACCGGAGCGCAGUAUCAACAGUCACGCUACCUUAGGGAUGUGGCAGCUUUCGACAGCUUGAAAUUUCCCGUGAAAUUCUCAAAGUUUGUCUUGUGAGAGAGCUGAAGGCGGAAAACAAAGCACAACGCGAGAGAACAAAUCGCGCGGAGGUGCAUCCGCCGCUGCAGACGUUUCCAGUGGUGCCUGCCCGCCCGCCUGGGCUGUCGUUCGGCAUCGCGAAGCGCGUCGGAGCCGGUGUCCGAGCCAAUCUAAACGAUCAGAAGACAAGAGAGACAGAGAAAGCGAGGGGAAGCCGUCCUCUUCUUCACAUAUCACCUGCGUUUAGAGCCCCGCAGUAUCUGCUGAUGUGGAGCUGACAUACUGCAGUGAGCCUGGACAUAUGAAGCCCGAGUUGCACACAGCCAGAUAAAUGAGUAAUGUCAAGCCUAGAAGACCCCUGCCACUUUGAUGUGUGAGCUCACCCACCGAUAAUGGCCCAUAGGAUACGCAGUGGAACUGAGGCAGACCUGUUCACGUAUCCCGUCCAGAUCGAGCCGCAGACUUUCUCCCACAAAAUCAUCUGAGUUUUACAAGUGCUGGGGUCCUUGUAGCCCCACAGCUAACCCUGCUGUUCAGACUCAGUGGUCUGCGCUGGCCCAGAGCGGCUUAUGAUAACCUCUAAACCCCUGGCGCUCACGGCUGGCUUAGCUCUGCUGAACAAGUCAACUGGGCUUUGUGCCCAACAGAGUCGACCUACACGAGUGUCAUCUGACCCUGCAGUGAGAUCCCCUGCAUCACAGGAUCCCAGUGAACGCGUGUACAGCAUGAGGCUGGUGUGGAAAUCCCUGGACAAGAUGAGGUGUCUGAGGAAACGCUCCACUAUCCCCUUCCUCGGCUUCCUCAUCACAUUCCUCCUCUUCCUGAACCUCUACAUUGAAGACGGUUAUGUGCUGGAAGAGGAUAAAAGGCAACUUAGGGAAACAUCAGUCCACCCUCCAAGCUCAGAACGAUACGUUCACACCUUCAGAGACCUAAGCAAUUUCAGUGGAACCAUUAAUGUCACAUAUCGUUAUCUUGCUGGAACGCCACUGAACCGCAAGAAGUAUCUUACCAUCGGUCUGUCGUCAGUCAAAAGAAAGAGAGGAAACUACCUCCUGGAGACGAUCAAAUCCAUCUUUGAUCAGUCCAGUUAUGAGGAACUGAAAGAGAUUGUGGUGGUGGUCCACCUGGCAGACUUUGACCUGGUCUGGUGUGAGAAUCUGGUGCAGGAAAUCACCAGGAAGUUUGCCCACCACAUUAUAGCUGGACGCCUCCUGGUGAUCCAGGCUCUGGAGGAGUACUAUCCGUCUCUGGAUGGGUUGAAGAGGAACUACAACGACCCAGAGGACCGGGUCCGUUUCCGCUCUAAGCAGAAUGUGGACUACGCUUUCCUCCUCAACUUCUGCACAAACCUCUCUCACUUCUACAUGAUGUUAGAGGACGACGUGCGUUGCUCCAGGAACUUCCUAACGGCUCUGAAGAAGGUGAUCACCUCCAGAGAAGGUUCCUACUGGGUGAUGCUGGAGUUCUCCAAGCUGGGCUACAUCGGGAAGCUAUACCACUCCAGAGACCUGCCCCGCCUGGCUCAUUUCUUGCUCAUGUUCUAUCAGGAGAUGCCCUGCGACUGGCUCCUCAUUCACUUCAGGGGUCUGCUGGCCCAGAAGGACGUGAUUCGCUUCAAGCCUUCGCUGUUCCAGCACAUGGGCUACUAUUCGUCUUACAAAGGAGCAGAGAACAAGCUGAAGGACGAUGACUUUGAGGAAGACUCCAUAGACAUUCCUGACAACCCUCCUGCCAGCCUUUACACUAACAUCAACGUCUUUGAAACCUAUGAUGCCACCAAGGCGUACAGCACCGUGGACGAAUACUUUUGGGGGAAGCCUCCUUCCACUGGAGACUUCUUUGUUAUAGUCUUUAAUAAAUCCACUAAAAUUAGUAAAAUUAAGAUUGCUACUGGUUCUGACGAUCGGCAGAAUGACAUUCUUCAUCACGGAGCUCUGGAAGUUGGAGAAAAGCUAGUUGGGACUAAAAAAGGGAAACAGUGUUCCUCCUAUAUCACAUUAGGGGAAUUUAAAAACGGCAACAUUGAGAUUCAAGAUGUAGAUCACAAGAUUGCCUUUGACAUUGAGUGUGUACGCAUUGUGGUGACGGCCAGUCAGAAAGAAUGGCUCAUAAUUAGAAGUAUAAGUCUAUGGACUACACAACCCCCCAGCCAAUGAGAACUACACACAGAAACUCUCAAUAUGUCAGAGGCAAAAGGUUUUUAUUAUUAUUAUUUACUAAUGUGUUUAUUUCCAGGUUUAUUUAUUAAUUUUCUAUGUAUUUAUCAAUACUUCUUUUGACUACCAAAUCAAUCUAUAGUUUCUUUUAUACCUGUAAGCUGUAUCCUUAGUGGAACAUCUUCCCAGUCAUUCUUAAAAACUGUUCAACAGAUCUCAGAGCAUCCAUGAACACACAUUUUCUUAAAUUUUCCAUAUUUCAAUUUUUAUUAAUACAGCCCGGUCUCACAGCAAAAUGCACAAUGGCUAUGUUGGUCCACAGCAUAAAACAUAGCAGUGUCACAAUAACAGCUGUAAAACUGUGACAUGGCAACGUUUGUUGUAUUGCAGCCAAGUGUCCUUCAUUGUGGUCAUUAAAGCAGGAAAUGACCAGUGGUGGAAGUAGUACUCAAAUUGUUUACUUAAGUAAAAGUAGUCAUACCACAGUGCAAAAAUACUCUGUUACAAAUAAAGGUCCUGUAUUAGCAGAAAAUAUACCUAAAGUACAAAAGUAGAAGUACUCAUACAAAAUGGCGCAGUUUAUACUAAUGUACAUUUCCUACCCUUAAGCAUACAGGAUAGUCUGUGUGCCUAAACUUAUAGUAAUCGUGUAGUUUAGUUUCUGUGCCUAAGCAUAACCAUUUUUGAACUAGAAAAACAUUGCAAUGUCACAGUUUUUAAGGUGCUACUGUGAAAGCAGUGCAUUUUGCAUUGCAGACAAAGUAUCUAUGAUACAUUUUGCUGUGAGACCGGGCUGUUUAAUAGCUAUCCUUCCCACAGGGCUGAGGGGAUAAUUCAGUAAUGUGUCAUUGUUAUAUAAAGCUUGUUUUACCAAUGAAAGGAUACGGCUGUCAAAUACACCACAUCUUUAUUAAA